GCCAUACAGACGUACACACAGCUGUUUCCUUCACUCACACCUUCGCACUUAUAUGGGCGAGUAAUUCGUGAGGGCUAAUAAUAACCAGGAGAAAGCCCAGCGUUAGUUUGCUAAAUAUAGAACCAUGCAGACUAUUUCCGUUCUGCUCAGAGCCGCAGGUCUCAGCUUGCCAGCAGGUUCAGCGUUCGGAUACGCUAGCAAGGUUGCAAGAACAAUUUACUCAAACUACAUCAGGCCGAGUCCUUUCUCAGGCGAAUUCCGCGCCCAAGCGGCCCGUGUUGGCUUUGCUGCGUCCAACCAGCGUGCUCUGCAAUACUUGGGGAUCUGUGGGAACGCCCACCCCAUUUCCAGACCACGCCCAGUAACUUUUCUCACACUUUUCCAACACUUCACACCUUUUGCAGCGCCCAGAGGCAAUAUCUCUUUAGCAGGUGCCCCAAGCCGUCACUUUACGUCUUUGCCUCCCCGCACUUUCUUCUUUUGGUUCCCAUCUCCUGGGCUUAAGCUAUAUUCCUCAAUGGCUUCCAGUGGUAAAAUCGACUUGCAUUCACCUACCGUCACUUGGAAAGAGGCAAAAAGUUACUUAAAGGGCCUAACCAAUAAGCAAAAGAGGGACCAUUAUAGUGUGAAGGAUUUCAUCAAGCUGAAGCAAAUUCCUGUUUGGAAAGACACUGGCAAAAAAGUGAACAUCAAACAACAGGAGGAGGGGAAGUAUGCCAAGAACAAAGCUCUGAAUGAGAAAAUAUCACUUUUCAGGGGAGACAUAACGAAACUGGAGGUUGAUGCCAUCAUCAAUGCAGCUAACAGUUCUCUGCUGGGAGGAGGAGGAGUUGAUGGAUGCAUACACCGCGCUGCUGGCCCUCUCUUGAAGCUGGAGUGCAGCUCUCUUGGUGGCUGCCAAACGGGACUGGCCAAGAUGACCUGUGGAUACCUACUGCCUGCCAAGUAUGUGAUUCACACAGUAGGACCAGUGGUGCAGGGGGACCUUGGAUCCGCUCAGGAGGAAGAUCUGAGGAACUGCUACCGGAACUGCCUGCUAACAGCAGUAGAGGGCAAGCUCCGCUCCGUGGCUUUCCCCUGCAUUUCCACAGGCGUGUUUGGGUAUCCACCAGAGGCAGCAGCUGAAAUGGCUCUGAGCACCAUAAGGGAAUUUCUGGAAGAAAAUAAAGACAAGUUUGACCGUGUUAUUAUCUGUGUGUUCCUGGAGAAAGAUGAAGAGAUUUAUCUCCGGAAACUUCCUGACUAUUUCCCUUUGGCCUAGAAGAAAUGGCGCCCCCUGUAUGAGGGAUUCCACGUAUCCCACCUGUAAACUGUAGGAAGCUUUUGGCCCAGAAAACCUCCCUCUUCUGCUCCUCCAUUUGCCUUUAUUAUUAUUAUUCAUUAUAUUAGUAAAGUCAAUGCUACAAAAACCUUUACAGUG